AAGCAGGCUUUUUUAUGUGCCAGAUUUCAUUUUGCCUUAACUUUGCCAAGUCAGUCUAUCAUUUCGGCCGCCCAAUUCGAUCUUAAAUCAUGGUGUAUCUGGUGAGGAAUAAGCAAGAUCUCGACAAGCAGCUGGCUUUGGCCAAGGACAAGCUGGUGGUGAUCGAUUUCUAUGCCAACUGGUGUGGACCGUGCAAAAAUAUAGCCCCCAAAUUGGAGGAAUUGGCGCAGCAAUAUUCGGACCGUGCGGUGGUGCUCAAGGUGGAUGUAGAUGACAACGAGGAGAUUUCGGUGGACUAUAAUGUGACCGGCAUGCCAACGUUUGUGUUCAUCAAAGGCGGCGAAGUCCUGGAGCUUUUCGUCGGCGGAAAUCCUGAUAAACUGGUCAAAUCCAUGGAGAAAUAUGUUAGCGAUGUGGAUGCCACGGAGCAGCGUCGCACAACUAGUCACCUGGAAUCCGAGGAAAUGUGCAGCGCCGCUCCAAGUGUCUCCUCCAGUGGCACCGUCAACGAAGAUGUCAUGUGCGAACUAUCGGAACACGAUCAAGAGGCUACGGAGGCCAUGGAGGCCAUGGUAGAUCAGUAACACCCGGGUCUAUAACACUUAAAGAUACCCCCAAGCUCAUCUGGAAAUCUUGAAACCGCACCAAACUGUAGAUAAUUUCAAAUGUUUCAGGAUUAAAGCUAAACAGCCUUGACAUUAUAAUCAUCAAAACAGUAUAUCAAGACUCAAACCGUCAUUCUUCUAACCUCAUAAUGAAGAUACUCUAAUCAUAUUUAAUACAACACAAGACGGUGAUCUUAUCUCGAAGUCGAAAUACUCUAUAUGCUAUCUCAAUCACAAAACGCUGGAUACCAAGGAAUAAUCUAUACCACUAAACUUUGGAUAUCUACAAUUUUGAAACCGAAAUAUUGUGCGCGCUAGCUCAGCAAUUAAAAAAAAUAUGAACAAUCGAUUUCGGUUCAAUAAAACAUACACAUACAAAUUA